GAGCUGAGUGUAGCUGGCCGGGCAGGUGGUAGAAUUGGCAGGAGGCCGGAGUCGCGUGCGCGGAUCUCGGGGCCGGGCUCAGGCCGCGGCCAUGGAGCCGGCCACUUUCUUCUGCCCGCAGCCCUUGGCGAGCCCCGAGCCCCGCUCCCGGGCCCCCGGCAAAGCCAGUGAAGCCGGGGCUGGGGCCCGGGAGUCCGAGUGCGGCAGCCCGGGAGCCGAUCCGCUGCUGGACCCGACUCGCCUCAUCAGGGACCCGCAGAGUGGCCGCACCUACUACAGGGGCCGCCUCCUGGGCAAGGGGGGCUUCGCCCGAUGCUACGAGGCCACGGACACCAGCAGUGGCCAUACCUACGCCGUCAAGGUCAUUCCCCAGAGCCGGGUGGCCAAACCACACCAGCGACAGAAGAUCCUGCAGGAGAUCGCCCUGCACCGCAGCCUCCACCACCGGCACAUCGUUCGCUUUUCGCACCACUUUGAGGAUGAAGGCAGCAUCUACAUAUUUCUGGAGUACUGCAGCCGAAAGUCACUGGCACACAUCUGGAAGGCGAGACACACACUUCUGGAGCCCGAGGUCCGGUACUACCUUCGACAGGUUAUUGCCGGUUUGCGCUACCUGCACCAACGAGGGGUUUUACACCGAGAUCUCAAACUGGGAAACUUUUUCAUCACAGACAACAUGGAACUGAAGCUUGGGGACUUCGGGCUGGCUGCUCGGCUGGAACCCCAGGAUCAAAGAAAGAAGACCAUCUGUGGGACCCCCAAUUAUCUGGCCCCUGAGGUGCUGCUACGCCAGGGUCACGGCCCUGAGUCUGACGUGUGGUCACUGGGCUGUGUGAUGUAUACACUGCUGUGUGGGAGCCCCCCCUUUGAGACGGCUGACCUGAAGGAGACAUACCGUUGCAUCAAGCAGGUUCGCUACACGUUGCCCACCUACCUCUCUGUGUGUGCCCGACACCUCCUUGCCGCCAUCCUUCGCCCCGUGCCCCAAGACCGGCCCUCAUUGGAGGAGAUCCUUCAGCAUGAAUUCUUCACCAAGGGCUAUACUCCGGCUCAACUCCCCCCAAGCAGCUGCACCACAGUCCCUGACCUGACCCCCCCCAGCCCUGCCCAAAGCUUCUUCACUAAAGUGACCAAGAGCCUCUUUGGCCGCAAGAAGAAGAGUAAGCUGGCUCUCCAGGAGCAGGACAACCUCUCCCGCCUGGUCAGCGACCUCGUGCUUACGUCCAUCUGCCCUCAGAACAGCUCCAAGGAGCCCAGGCAGGCCCAGAAGGAGGCUGAUGGCCCCCCCAGCCUAGCAGAAACUGCCCCUGAGGAAGGCUCCCCCAGGUCCUUGGCAGCCAUGGGCAGCAGCUGUGAGGGGUCUGAGGAGUGUCUCACAGCAGGUGCUGUCAUGGAAUCUACCCUCUGUGCCCUUCGGAACUGCCUGGCCUUCAUGCCCCCAGCUGAACAAAACCCAGCACCCCUGGCCUCAUCGGAACAUCUGCUGUGGGUCAGCAAGUGGGUGGACUACUCCAACAAGUACGGCUUUGGCUACCAGCUGUCCAGCCGGCGGGUGGCCGUCCUCUUCAAUGAUGGCACCCACAUGGCCCUGUCGUCCAACAGGAAAACCGUGCAUUAUAAUCCAACCAGCACCAAGCACUUCUCCUUCCCCAUGGAGGCCGUUCCUCAGCAGCUGCAGCGCCAGCUGGGGGUCCUUCGAUACUUUGCCUCCUAUAUGGACCAAAACCUUAUGAAGGGUGGAGACCUGCCCAGCAUGGAUGAGACUGAGGGGCCGGCUCCCCUGCUCCUGCAGUGGUUCAAGACUGACCAGGCCCUGCUUCUCUUGUUCAGCGACGGCACGGUGCAGGUGAAUUUCUAUGUGGACCACACCAAGCUGAUCCUCAACGGCUGGGAGCCCCUGCUCAUCACCUUCGUGGCCCGGGACCGCAGGGCCCUCACCUACCAAGCCCCUCACCUGCAGAGGCUGGGCUGCAGCCCGGAGCUUCGGGUUCGGCUCAGAUUCGUCCUGGGGCUGCUUCGGCAGCACAGUGGGACCUAGGGUGCCCCAACCGGCCCCCUGCCAAGAACACUCCUGGAAGGCCAUUGGGGGGCUCUGAGCUCACUCUGGGUCCCCCUGCCAGGGUUCCUUCAGAACCUGCCCCAGCUGGUUUGGGAGGGGCUGCUCCUACCCAGGGCCCAGCCCUGAGGCUUUUGGGGGUGGGUGUCCCCACCAAAAGAGGGACCUGAAAGAGCUUGUGGGCCUUUGUCCCGAGGCGGUGUUGCUGCCCCUGGAGGGCUGGCUCCCCUUCUCUCCGCCCCAUCCCUGAACCUCCACCCGCGUAUUAUUUAUGACAAUAAUUAAUUAUUUUUAUUUAU